AUGUUAGUGCUGCUGUUAUCUAUAAUGGUGAUGACGGUUGCUGCAGAUUCGAAAGAUCCGGCGGGGCAACAAAUCGUACUUUUUAAAGAGAGAAAUAAGAGUCCUGUUGGUAUAAUAACAACAAGCGCUGGGGCACCCGUUGAACAAAAUGAGGCUUUAAACACUUUAAAUACUAGACUUAUAUUUAAUGAAUACUUUAUGGACACUAUGACACAUAUUGUUCGUGAAAGAAUACCGGAAAGAUUAGUCCAUGCGAAGGCGGGUGGAGCAUUUGGUUAUUUCGAAGUAACACAUGAUAUAACACAUAUCUGUAAAGCUAAAUUAUUUAGCAAAAUAGGCAAGAAAACGCCCGUUGCAGCAAGAUUUUCACCAGCAAUUAUCGAAAGAGGCGGUAGUGACACAUCACGCGACGCUAGAGGAUUUGCUGUGAAGUUUUACACGGAAGAUGGAAACUUCGAUAUAGUCGGAUUUAACACACCUAUAAAUAGAACAAUUGGCGUUUAGUCCAGCUAAUCUAGUUCCUGGUAUACUCGG